AGAUGCCAAGCUUCAUAAAAUUUAAUUUUCCAAAAUGCAAGCACGUCUAGUUUUCUCCUUGAUUUUCGUCCUUUGCUGCUUUUCAAUAAAAGCUCAAAGACCGGACUGCCGCAGACUUCGGGAGAAUUGUAGACCAUGUACCAACCGGUUGGUGGAUCCUGUCAACAAUGUCGACUUUAUAAACAGGGAUUGCCGUGAAAAGGUCGGCGAUCGUUGGAUUUGGCGCGAUGUAAGGCGCUGUGAUAUGCAGAUCGUGGCUUGUGAGAAUCAUAAUGUUAGAUUGGACUGUGAAAAUGUGGCUAGAUUGGCUGGAAUGCGGAGACGCCGUGGCGGUGAAUAAAUAUAAAAUAUUAUUAUCUAAUUAUUAGAUUCUAAUAUCAAUUGAAGAGUCGAAAAGUAAAAAUAAAUCUAUGUAAUUGAAAAAUAUAUUUGAGUUACACCCUUUUUUACUUUUACCAAAUUA